AUGAUUCGGUCUCGCCUGUACAAAAAUUCUGGAAAAGAUAAUGAGGAGCUUAGAAGAAGACGGAUCGAUCAAUCGGUCGAACUGAGAAAGGCUAAGAAGGAUCAACAACUUCAGAAACGUCGUAAUGUUCUGCGUGAUGUUCAAGAGACGUCCCAGGUGGAAUCAUAUGACUUAAAGUCGGCGCCUGCCAAUUAUGAUCAAAUAAUUUUUGAAAUGGAAAGUCCAAAUACUUUGGUCCGCCUUAAUGCAACCAGAAUGUGUCGCAAACUGCUUUCAAGGGCGAAGAAUCCACCUAUCGAUGAAUUUUUCGAAAGAGGCGCAGUUAAGGUUUUAGUUCGUGCAUUAGAUUUUGAUCCUUCUAGCAAUGAAUUGGUUUUUGAGGCGGCGUGGGCUCUCACUAACAUAGCUUCUGGUGAGUCACAUCACACUCAGGGUGUCGUUGAGAGUGGAGCCGCACCAAAACUUAUUCAUCUUUUAAAUCACGAGGAUGUCCGCGUGGCUGAGCAGUGCAUUUGGGCCCUCGGCAACAUUGCUGGUGAUGGCUGCAGUUACCGGGAUAUGCUUAUCAAACUUGGUGCUGUUCCACCUGCUCUUCAGCUUCUCGAGAGAGCGUGGGAUUCCGCAGGCGUCGUUUCGAAUAUCGCAUGGAUGUUGUCUAAUCUGUGUCGAAACAAGAAUCCGAAUCCUCCACGACAAACUAUUCUUUCCCUUCUCCCUGUAUUUAAACGACUUCUGGAAUAUCCACUUAGCCAGGAAGUUAUUGUUGAUACCGCUUGGGCUCUUUCUUACGCAAGUGAUUGCGCAGGUGAAUUCAUUGACGACAUUCUCCAGAGUGGAUGCAUUCCAGUUUUAGUCCGACUUCUUGGGUCAAACUCGCCCAACUUGGUAUCUCCCGCUUUGAGGGCCGUCGGGAAUCUUAUUCUUGGCGAUGAUGAGCAGACUCAGGUUGUCGUCGACAGCGGUGUGUUGCAAUACGCACAGGGUCUACUUGAUUUCGAUAGGCCUAGCGUAGUGAAAGAAGCCUGCUGGAUGUUGAGCAAUAUAACUGCAGGAAAUCUAACGCAAAUACAAGCCGUUGUCGACGCAAACCUCGUCCCACGAAUUAUUAAGCUGGUUGAAGAGGCAGAGUUCAAAAUCCAGAAGGAAGCAUGCUGGGUUAUAAGCAACAUUGUCAAUGGAGGUUCCCCUGAACAACGGGCGUACCUACUUAAUAAUGGUGCCCUAGAAGCCUUAAGCAAGUUACUUAAUGUUUCGGACGCCCGCGUUCUUAAAUUGGUGUUGGAAACUAUCAAGAAGAUGUUUGAGACAGCUAAGCAGUUCGGCCAGCUGGAGCCGUGCUGCUUGGCUCUCGAAUUGUGUGGUGGCUUGAACUCCAUCGAACAACUUCAAGACCAUACCAAUGAUGAGGUCUACCGGAUUGCCUAUGAUUUCAUUGCUCAAUUCUUCAGCGAUACUGACGAAGCUGCUGGUACUGAAGCUGCAAAUUGUGAGCUGAAUCAAACAGGCAACACAGUCGUCCCGGCCCGUGACUCCAACGAAUUUCAUUUCCAUCCUCAGCAAAAUAAUCCUGGUGGUGCGAAUUUCGAGUUCUGA